AUGUCUAUCGUUAACAAGGCCCAAAUGUUCGAAAGUGAAGACUUCAUUGAUUGGAAGAUACACAUGCAAGUUUACUUAGCUUCAGUAGACAAUGACAUGAUGUACGGUAUCUCUAAAGGUCUAAUAAAGAUUUAUAAGGAACGAAGCGAGUGGAAAAAUGAGGAUAAGAGGAAGAACAAUCUUGACCAUAUAUCCAAAAACUCCAUCUACAACACCCUAGAUAAAAAUACAUUCGCAAAAAUCAGAGCAUGUGCUACUGCCAAGGAAGUAUGGGAGAAAAUCAUUCAGCUUAAUGAGGGCAAAGAGCGAACUAAGGAAAACAAAAUCAUGGUGGCCACUCAUAAAUUUGAAAACGUAAAGAUGCGCCCUAAAAAAUCCAUGAAUGAAUACUGUGAUCGUUUCACAAGCAUUGUGAAUGACCUUUCCCUUAUGGGAAAAACUUACGACAAAAAGGAGACAAUCAUCAAAGCACUAAGAGCUCUUCCCAGCGCUUGGGAUGUCAAGACAAUGGUGAUGAGUGAAUCCAUGAGUCUUCAUAAGAUGCAGUUGCACGAUAUAUUUGAAGAUCUGAAAGCAUAUAAGUUCGAGAUGAACUCAAGAAAUGAAGAUGAGCCUUUAAUUUCAAAUGUGACCAAAGCUUUGUUGUCCUCUGUGGAACCAGCAGCCCCUAACCCUAUCAAGUCAGCUGAACAGUUCAGCGAAGAUGCAAUGGCUAUGCUCGCAAAGAAAUUUAAAAGAUUCAUGAGGAUGAGUCAGCCAUCCUACAACAACAACAAUGACUACAAGGCUAAGGUACGAUGCUUCAACUAUGAUGGUCUUGGUCACUACAAGUCAGAAUGUAGAAAGCCAAGAAGAGAUGAUAAAAAGCCAACCGAUCAAAAUAAUAAGGAAGAUAAAAAAUCAUCCAACAAAGAUCAAAAGGCAAUGGUGGUAGAGGAAAGAAUAGACAAAUGGGCUCAAAGUGAUUUUGAGUCAAGCGACAGUGACGAUAAUGAAGUCAAAUGUUUAAUGGCCAACGAAGAAGAGGUAUUUGACUUUACCUUUGAAGAGUUUACUCAAGACGAUUUAAUUAUUGCACUUAAUGACAUGGUCAUUAAGUAUAAGAAUCUGUCCGAGCUCGUCUCAAACCAACCUACCAAAGCGAGUGGCAGUACAACUGAACUAUCCUCUAAAAAUAAGAAGCUCAAGGAGAAAGUUCAAUUAUUAACUGAGGAAAAUGAAAGAACAAAGUAUGUGAUUGCUACAUGGACGAGAUCUGGAGAUGAUGUGAGUCAGAUGACGAGUCAUCAGAGACCUCUGCUAACUGCAAGUUCAGCCUAG